UUGGUGUCAAUUUUUUUGUGUGGCCGCGGCUGGAGCCUGUGGCGGGCAGGCGGCGAGCGGGGAGACCCCGGCGCGGCAGAGCCAUGGAUGGCCCGACGCGGGGCCAUGGACUCCGCAAAAAGCGGCGGUCGCGGUCGCAGCGAGACCGGGAGAGGCGCUCCCGGGGCGGGCUGGGGGCUGGCGCGGCCGGUGGCGGCGGCGCCGGCCGGACCCGGGCGCCCUCGCUCGCCUCGUCGUCGGGCUCCGACAAGGAAGACAAUGGGAAGCCCCCGUCCUCCACCCCGUCCCGGCCCAGACCCCCGCGCAGGAAGCGGAGAGAGUCCACCUCGGCCGAAGAGGACAUCAUUGAUGGAUUUGCCAUGACGAGCUUUGUCACUUUUGAAGCGCUGGAGGAAGCAAGUCACAGCUGCAUCCCACACUCAAGGAGAGAGGAUCAUAGAAGGGAAGGACAUGGACACCAGGAGAAAGAUGUAGCACUUAAGCCUCAGGAACGUGUGGAAAAACGCCAGACCCCUCUGACCAAGAAGAAACGAGAAGCACUUACCAAUGGCUUGUCCUUUCAUUCCAAGAAGAGCCGACUUAGCCACCCACAUCACUACAGCUCAGAUCGAGAAAAUGACCGCAAUCUCUGCCAGCACCUCGGGAAGAGAAAGAAAAUGCCAAAGGGACUCAAACAGCUCAAACCAGGGCAGAACAGCUGCAGGGACAGUGACAGUGAAAGCGCCAGUGGAGAAUCCAAGGGCUUCCACAGGAGCAGCUCUCGGGAAAGACUCAGUGAUAGUUCAGCUCCUUCCAGCUUGGGAACAGGCUACUUCUGUGACAGCGACAGUGACCAGGAAGAGAAGGCAUCAGAUGCCAGCUCUGAAAAACUCUUCAAUACUGUCAUUGUAAACAAAGAUUCGGAGUUAGGUGUUGGCACGCUACCCGAACAUGACAGCCAGGAUGCAGGGCCAAUUGUUCCCAAGAUAUCUGGUCUAGAGAGAAGCCAGGAGAAGAGCCAGGACUGUGGCAAAGAGCCGAUCUUUGAGCCCGUGGUGCUUAAAGACCCCUGCCCUCAGGUCCCGCAGCCGCUGCCCCCGCCCCAGGCGGAGCCCCAGCCCAGAGCUCCUUCUCCGGACCCUGCCCUGGUGCAGCGCACAGAGGCCCCGCCUCAGCCCCCGCGUCCAAGCACACAGCCACCGCAGGCCCCGCCAGAGGCCCAGCUGCAGCCGGCGCCCAAGCCUCCAGUGCAGAGGCCGCCGCGGCCCCAGUCCCCCACCCAGCUGCUCCAUCAGAGCCUCCCGCCUGUGCAGGCGCCCCCCGCGUCUCAGAGCCUCUCCCAGCCGCUGUCGGCCUACAACAGCAGCAGCUUAAGCCUCAACAGUUUAAGCAGCAGCAGAAGCAGCACCCCAGCGAAGACUCAGCCAGCCCCUCCACACAUCUCCCACCACCCCUCAGCCUCCCCGUUCCCCCUCUCACUGCCCAACCACAGCCCGCUGCACAGCUUCACGCCCACCCUCCAGCCCCCCGCACACUCCCAUCACCCCAAUAUGUUUGCCCCUCCCACUGCUCUGCCUCCUCCACCACCACUGACAUCAGGGAGUCUGCAGGUCCCCGGACACCCGGCCGGGAGCACUUACUCAGAGCAAGACAUCCUGCGACAGGAACUGAACACUCGUUUCCUGGCCUCUCAGAGUGCUGACCGCGGGGCUUCCCUGGGCCCCCCGCCCUACCUGCGGACCGAGUUCCACCAGCACCAGCACCAGCACCAGCACACGCACCAGCACACGCACCAGCACACCUUCACGCCCUUCCCCCACGCCAUCCCGCCCACCGCCAUCAUGCCGACGCCAGCACCUCCCAUGUUUGACAAAUACCCUACAAAAGUUGACCCAUUCUACCGGCACAGUCUCUUCCAUUCCUACCCGCCUGCAGUAUCGGGCAUCCCCCCCAUGAUCCCACCCACUGGCCCCUUUGGUUCACUACAAGGAGCAUUUCAGCCGAAGACAUCCAACCCUAUCGAUGUUGCCACUCGCCCUGGGACAGUCCCGCACACUCUACUCCAAAAGGACCCGAGGUUGACAGAUCCUUUCAGACCUAUGUUAAGGAAACCAGGGAAGUGGUGUGCUAUGCAUGUUCACAUUGCCUGGCAGAUCUACCACCACCAACAGAAAGUCAAGAAACAAAUGCAGUCAGACCCGCACAAACUGGACUUUGGACUGAAACCUGAGUUCCUGAGCCGUCCUCCAGGCCCCAGUCUCUUUGGAGCCAUCCACCACCCCCAUGACCUGGCACGGCCUUCGACUUUGUUCUCUGCCGCUGGUGCUGCACACCCGACUGGGACCCCUUUUGGGCCACCUCCUCAUCACAGCAACUUCCUCAACCCUGCUGCUCACCUAGAGCCUUUUAAUCGGCCAUCUACCUUCACUGGCCUGGCAGCGGUGGGUGGCAAUGCCUUCGGAGGACUUGGAAAUCCUUCAGUUACACCCAACUCAAUGUUCGGCCACAAGGAUGGCCCCAGUGUGCAGAACUUUAGCAACCCUCACGAGCCCUGGAACCGGCUGCACCGAACGCCUCCGUCGUUCCCGACCCCUCCGCCCUGGCUGAAGCCAGGGGAGCUGGAGCGUGGCGCGUCCACUGCAGCUCAUGACAGAGAUAGAGAUGUAGAUAAACGAGACUCAUCCGUUAGUAAAGAUGACAAAGAAAGGGAAAGUGUUGAGAAAAGACACUCCAGCCACCCUUCACCAGCACCUAUCCUCCCGGUGAGCACCCUGGGACACACCCGCAGCUCCACUGAACAGAUCAGGGGUCAUUUGAACACUGAGGCUCGCGAGAAAGACAAAUCCAAAGAGAGGGAGAGGGACCACUCCGAGUCCCGCAAGGACCUGACCGCCGAGGAGCACAAGGCGAAGGAGGGCCACCUGCCCGAGAAGGACAGCCAUGGCCACGAAGGGCGAGCUGUGGGCGAAGAGGCCAAGCAGCUGGCCCGGGUGCCGUCGCCCUACGUGCGGACCCCUGUCGUGGAGAGCGCCAGGCCCAACAGCACCUCGAGCCGCGAGGCUGAGCAGCGCAAGGGCGAGCCGGCCUACGAGAACCCCAAGAAGAGCUCAGAGGUCAAGGUGAAGGAGGAGCGCAAGGAAGACCACGACCUCCCUCCGGAGGCCCCCCAGACCCACCGGCCCUCAGAGCCGCCGCCCCCCAACUCCUCGUCCAGCGUGCACGCGGGGCCCUUGGCCUCCAUGCCCAUGACAGUGGGGGUGACAGGCAUCCACCCCAUGAACAGCAUCAGCAGCCUGGACAGGACUCGCAUGAUGACUCCCUUCAUGGGCAUCAGCCCCAUCCCAGGCGGAGAGCGGUUCCCGUACCCUUCUUUCCACUGGGACCCCAUUCGGGACCCUUUGAGGGAUCCCUACCGAGAACUGGACAUUCACCGGAGAGACCCGCUGGGCAGGGACUUUCUGCUAAGGAACGACCCUCUCCACCGUCUCUCGACCCCACGGCUGUAUGAAGCUGACCGCUCCUUCAGGGACAGGGAGCCUCAUGAUUACAACCACCACCACCACCACCACCACCACCCUCUGUCUGUGGACCCUCGGCGGGAGCACGAGCGAGGGGGUCACCUGGACGAGCGGGAGCGCUUGCACAUGCUCAGAGAGGACUAUGAGCACACGCGGCUCCAUCCUGUCCACCCGGCCUCCCUCGAUGGACACCUGCCCCACCCCAGCCUCAUCACCCCGGGGCUCCCCAGCAUGCACUACCCCAGAAUCAGCCCCACCGCAGGGCACCAGAACGGACUCCUCAACAAGACCCCUCCUACGGCAGCGCUGAGCGCGCCUCCCCCACUCAUUUCGACGCUGGGGGGCCGCCCAGUCUCCCCCAGAAGGACUACUCCUCUGUCCACAGAGAUGAGGGAGAGGCCGCCUUCCCACACUCUGAAGGAUAUCGAAGCUCGAUAAGGAGAGAGUGGGCGACGGAGGAGGAGGGAGAAGCCUCACACCAACACAACGCCGGACUUCAGAGAGGGAGCGAGCCAGAGGACUCCUGCGUCAUUAACACAGACUGGGGACCAGAAGCCCCCAGCUCUUCCCCAUGUAAACAAUGUAUAGCCUCAGUGCAGAUUUUGAAAUGUUUUUGUAUAUUAUAUGUUGAGAUUUUUCAGAUCUUUUAGCCAAGUCAUAUGUUCUCAUGUGUCCAACUCUUUUGGUUUCUUAUAUAAAACUUUUUGAUUUGAACCAAAACAGUGAAGAUGACAACACACACCACUGGUGUUAACUGGGGAGAAAACAGACCGCAGCCCACACAGUCCACCGUGCGAAGCUCUUUCAGACGAGAAGGGAAGGCCGUGUACAUAGUUAUGUAAAAAAAAAAAAAGAUUGCUUCGUGAGCUAAGGGUUCAUAUAUGCAAAAGGGUAAGAUGAAAGCUUUACUUUGUACAAAUGUAAAUAGGUAAAGAUUAAGUAACAUAAUACAUUAAUACUUCUUAAAAUGUGCUAUUUGCAAACUUAAUAUCAGUGAACACAGUCGGCUACGGCUGCGUUCUCAUGUAUUGUUAUAGACAGCUAAACCCUUCAACUAUGCAAUGAAUGUUCGGGCUUUUCACAAAAGCCCGCCUAACUCAAAGGAGCCUUUUCAAAUCCAUUUACAACAUACUUAAGGUCAUAUUUUCCCUGAACAAGCGCUUACGUGAUAGGACUCUGUUUUCCUUGCUUGUUUUUUUAAAUGGAGAAACAUCCUGUUGUGCACAUUGGACCCCAGGCUGAAACUUUGCAUCUGAAGUUGCUGCUUGUGGGCUCCUGGGGGAGAGUGCCACCCGGAAAGGCCAGAGGACGUGAGCAACCAGGGCCGGGGGGAGGGGGGCAGGAGUUGUCAGAUGCCAAAAUCAGGGGACACAAAUAGGUCGCCAGCAUCUCGUCACCAUCAGUCAUGUGAUUUCACACACACCUCAUGUGGGAACCAUGCGUUUUUUUAGUGUGUCCUAUUUCAUAUCUGUACACACUUCCUCAUUUUGUAAUGAAAUUUAAUUACACCCAAACAGAUCCUGAAAGAAAGCUUCAAGUUUUCUCAGAUGAUGGAUAUGUUUUCAUUGUAUUCGAUAACUGACGGAUUGAAGGGGCACAUUUCCUAAUGUGACUCACUGUAUUCCAGUUGGUAAUAAAGUCUGGGAGCAGCCGUAACAGGUCAGCCUCGUGGAGCCGUGGCGAGUUACAGAGGGUGAAAGGUGGCAGAGACGCAGUCUUGUGUGUGCGUGCGUUUUUAAGUUUGCAUCAAUCUUAAUGUCUCUUCAUAAUACUUUUAUAAUACAUUAAGCCUCUUGUCUACAUAUUUGGAGAGAAUAUGACUUUACUAGCAGAGAAAUACAAUAUAUCUUGUCUACUGGACUGUAAAAUAUAUGUAUGAAAUAAAAUUAGUUCCAUUUGGUCUUCUAGUAUAUUAAAGUGCUAUCUGACGUUGUUAUCCUGUUUUUGAAGAAAAAAAAAGUUAACUACAGACCAUUGUUUCUAAUAAGCAGAGAGAUCUAUUUUAGUAGUAAACUGAAGGUUUAGUUGUGAGCUUCAGAUUUUUUGUGAACUCCAGAUGUUGUGCAGUGUUUUGUUUUUUUUUUUAAAGACAACAAUUAAAAAGGAAAAAAAAUCCAAGGAAUAUGUACACUGGAACUGUAGUGGUAGCUUUCAGUAUUGUAAAGAGAUUGUUCUAUACAGACCUUUUUGCUGUUUAUCCUGUAUGUAAUAAAGUCCUUUCUAGAUCCUAUGUGAAAAGAAAAGUGAAGCGACUGAAUCUUCAGCAUGUUCUCAUCGGCGGAGCCUUCUUGUGUAAUGUAAACUGUGCCAUGUUAUUAAAAAAUGUGAACUAAGCUUUCAGCUGCCUGUUUGUGUGAGAUGGCC